AUGGACGUGCCGACGAGGACUCUCAACCUGCUUGCUCGGCAAGGGUCACAAACGAAGCCCGUCGAUAUCGAGAAGAACGCCUUCUGGUCUGCCUUGGGCACUUCAAUCGGUGGUUCUCUCUUAAUCGCCUGUCUUUUCUGCUUCGUCCGCCCAUACAACAGCGUCGUCUACGCUCCUCGCUCACGACAUGCCGACUCCAAACACGCCCCACCGCCGGUCGGCAAGGGUGUACUCGAUUGGGUCGCACCCGUCCUCAGGACAAAAGAGCUGGAACUGGUCGAGAAGGUUGGACUCGAUGCCACUAUCUUCCUACGCUUCGCAAACAUGUGCCGAAACAUUUUUCUCUGCAUCACCGUUGUGGGCCUGGCCAUUUUCGUCCCCAUCAACCUGUACGAGCAUCGUAGCUCUCUCGGCAGCGUCCACACAGACAACUUCUUCACCCAGUUGACGUCUCAGGGCGUUCAGGGUAAAUACCUGUGGGGCUACGUCCUGCUCGCCUGGUUCGCAAACUUGACUAUCGCCUUCUUCCUCUGGCGCAACUACAAGAGCGUUGCCAGACUGCGCAGAGCUUAUUUCGACAGCCCAGAAUAUCAGAAGAGUCUGCAUUCUCGAACUUUGCUUGUCACCGAGAUCCCGAGAGGUCUUCGAACCGACGAAGGACUCGUCAAGAUCGUCACCGAAGCCAAAGACACCGGCUCGAAUCCGCGUACUGCUAUUGCUCGCAACGUCAAAGAUCUACCAGAACUCAUCGAUGAGCACAACGAGACGGUCAGAAACCUCGAGCAGGUGCUCGCCAAGUACCUCGCAAAUCCUAACAAGCUGCCGGCAAAGCGACCAACAUGUUCAGUGAACAAAUCCGAUCAGACCUACCGCAAGGGUCAGAAAGUCGAUGCUAUCGAAUACUUGACUGCGCGUAUCAAGGAGCUCGAGAUUCAGAUCAAGGAGGUUAGGGAAUCCAUUGACAAGAGAAAUGCCAUGUCAUAUGGAUUCGCCAGUUAUGAAUCAAUCGCCGAUGCUCAUACUGUUGCAUACAAGACACGCAAGAAGGGCCCACAGAAGACAUCGAUCCGUCUGGCACCUAGGCCGCACGAUCUCAUUUGGAAGAACUUGCCCAUGACAAACAAGCAGCGAAACUGGCAGACCUUUAUCAACAACAUCUGGGUCGCUGUUUUGACUGUUGUUUGGAUUGUCCCGAACGCUCUCAUUGCCGUUUUCCUUUCCAAUUUGGGCAAUUUGGCAAAACUGUGGCCUGCUUUUAACACCAACCUUCAGAACAACCCGAAGACAUGGGCUGUCGUUCAAGGUGUGGCAGCACCUGCUCUCACGUCUCUCUUCUACUACUUCCUGCCCGCCAUCUUCCGAAGAUUGAGCAACAACGCGGGUGAUCUGUCAAAGACCAGCAGAGAACGCCAUGUCAUGCACAAGCUCUACACUUUCUUCGUUUUCAAUAACCUUUUCCUGUUCUCGCUUUUCGCUGCCAUCUCGGGCUAUGUCCGUGCCGUCAUCGACAGCAGUGAGCAAGAAGACGCUUGGUCCGCCAUCAAGGAUGGCCAAUUGCUGCAGAAGGGUAUUACAGCUCUCAACUCGGUCUCGACCUACUGGAUCACCUGGCUUCUUCAACGUAAUCUCGGUGCCGCUGUUGAUCUUGCUCAGUUUGUCAACCUAGCCUGGGGCUCGUUCUCUCGUCACUUCCUACAUCCCACACCCCGCGAGCUAAUCGAGUUGAGCGCGCCACCAACAUUUGAUUAUGCUGGAUACUACAACUACUUCUUAUUCUACUCGACUGUUGCCUUGUGUUUCUCAUACAUCCAGCCACUAGUACUGCCUGUCACGGCUUUCUACUUCUGGGUUGAUUCGUAUCUGAAGAAGUAUCUGCUCAUGUACGUCUUCAUCACCAAGACAGAAUCCGGAGGUCAGUUCUGGAAGGUCUUGUUCAACCGAUACGUGUUCCUCACCAUUCUCUCCGACGCUUUGGUGGCUUUGGUCUGCGUAGGUAACACCACCUUUGGCUAUACUGAAUGGUUGCCCAAGGUCUGCGCUCUGGCUCCCUUGCCGAUUCUCAUGUUGGCCUUUAAGUGGUGGUGCGCUUCGCACUUCGACAACAAGUUGACCUUCUACACAACAGGAGUUACAGCAGCGGACACGGAGAAUGCAGCAGAGUUGAAGGCCAAGCGCACAGACCGUGUUGGCGUCCGCUUUGGUCAUCCUGUGCUUUACAAGCCCCUCAUCACACCCAUGGUCUCGGCGAAAUCGAGGCAUCUGCUGCCGACUAUUUACUCUGGUCGUACUGCAGAGGUAGACGUCCCAAUGGCAGGGUACUCGGAUGUAUACAUGGAUGCCAUGGCGCACGACGAGCCUGGUAAGACGGCUAAGGGUGAGGCACCGGCACCCUUCGAGUUUGUGUCCGAGAACCAGAUGGACUUCGAGUUCUAUAAGAACCGACCCGAGUUCAGAGACGUGGCAGGUGGUGAGGGAGAACUUUACGGGAGACCUCAAGACCAGGUCCGUAGGGGAUCGCAUGGCACUCUGAUGACACAAGACGGCACUGUCAUGACGGAUUACGACAGCCGCAGAGGGUCGAGUGAUUCUGCAGCCACAAGGACGGGUGAUGAGAUGGGCACGACUUAUCCUCAGGGAUACCACAAGACACCGACGGCACUGCGCGAUAACAGUCCUGCCAGUAGUGUACGCUCGAUGGAUAUCGGUAAUGCCGAUCGCCGUUACGAUAACGAACACCUCUUGUCGGGAGCAGCAGGCAUGGGAAGGGGCGGAGUGCCAGCACCGACUCCUGGAGGUUACGGGCCUCUCCGUCUGGGAGAGAUUCACACGCCUGUCGAAAGCGACCAGGAAGAGAACACGAGUUAUGAUUAUUUCCGAAGGGGGAGAGGGCUCAAUUGA